AGAUGUUACUUCAAAAUAGGCGAAAUGGACAAACUAAAGACAUUGCAUUUAAAUACAGUGCAACAAGCCGAAUUUCUUAUGGCGCCUCUUGCUGGAAUCGAUGCUUUGACAAACUCCACCGAUUCUGAAUCAUUUGAUACACUUUUCUUACUCUCAAAAUUACAUUUACAAUUGGCAAACUAUGCUGCCGCUUUGAAUUGUAUGCUUAAGGCAACUCGUUUACGACCAUAUUACGCAGAAUGCUUCCAUUACCUUGGUAAAAUAUACUAUGGCACAAAGGAUAUAGUGCGCUCACGAAAAUGUUUUGAAAAAUGUGUAAAUUUAAACCCCAUAUGCGAGAGCGCAGUGAAUAAUUUAAGCGCUAUUUAUCAGCAACUAGGUGAAGAGGAUUUGAACGUUGCAUUGCUGCUUAAUACACUCAAACAUAUGAAGUGUGAAGAUUCUAAACAUAUACAGUACAAGCUCGGUUUGCAUUAUUUUCAUGUUAAUAAGUGGGAUGAUGCCAUACAGUCGUUCCGCACAGCUAUUAAGCUCGAUAACAGUUGCAUGAAUUAUUGGGAAUCUCUGGGUGACGCUUAUGCAGAGCGUGGUUCUUAUAACUCUGCUAUACGAGUUUUCCAAAAAAUACUCGAAAUGAAUCCAAGUAAUAUUUACGCUAAACUACAAAUUGCAUUGAUUAAAUCUACUGUGCGAAUGUAUACCGAAGCUAUAGCGGAAUUCGAUGACUUGCUACGCGGCCAUCCCGAUUAUUUACCUGGUUUAAAGGGCGCUGCUGAGGCACAUAUUGGUCUGGCGAACAAUUUAAAGUUGGAGCAUCUAUAUGGACGUUGUAAGGACCAUUUGCAGUUGGCUGUUAAUCAUUUGCAAAGCGCAUUCUUGACUUUGAACGGUCAAAGUAUGUUUUGGUUGUGGCGCCUAACCGCCAAUGUGUUUGUACAAACAGCACUCAUGCCGAACUCAUUGGCAUACCUGGAAGUAUCAGGGAAACUGGCAAAGUUGGAAGAUGAAACAGCGAUUUUGCAAAGGAAGGACCUUUUCACAUUAGCUGCAAGAUUUUACACCUGCGCCAUUAAGUUAAAAGCAAACACAUUUAUUUGGUAUGAAUUCGCAUUGUGUUGUUACUACUCCGCGAUCUAUAUUCCCGAUGAAGCAACUUCUCAUUUGGCAUUGGCUAUCAAAGCCUCCAAAUUGGCUGUAAAUGAGCAAAGCGACCGUUGGCAAAAUUGGAAUUUGCUUGGAGUAAUAAAUUUGCAUAAGGAAAUCAACCAAUUGCCCUUAGCACAGCAUUGUUUCAUUCAGGCACUGACGCUUGCGAAAUCUUAUACAACUUGGACAAAUCUGGGUGUGCUCUACUUAAAGCUGAACGAAAUAAAGCUUGCUAAUCAGGCAUUUCAGCGUGCUCAGCAGUCCAGUCCUAUAUAUGGAAAUGCGUGGAUUGGACAAGCUAUGAUCGCCGAAAGUAUUGGCGAAGAGGAGGAAGCUUUAGAUCUUUUCAGACACUGCCAGCAGUUUGAAUAUCACCCCGAGUCCUCACUGGGAUAUGCGCACUGGGUUUGCAUGGUGUUAACGGAUGCGGAAAAGUGCAAAAUACCACAUUAUCGACAUGCUAUCGAUAGCAUGUAUGCUGACGUGGUGGCGUUGGAUGCAAUUAAUUGGCACGUUAUAAACGAAGAAAAAGAUGCAACUUCUGCCGCACUUUCCUUCCAAGGAUUCUUAAGUUUACGGCAGCGACAUUAUCGUCCUGCAGUGAGAGCAUACCUUCAAGCUGUGAAAGUGACAACACCUAGUGCUGAGCGUGAUAAAUUACUCACGAGCUUAGGUUAUCUCUACUUGAAGUUAAAUCAGCCCAAUGAUGCUAUACAGAUUUUCAAUCGAGUAGUACAUUCAUCACUCAAUGCCAUUAUUGGAUUGGCUCUGGCUUUUGUGCGCGCUGGCCAACAUCAGGAGGCAUAUUCAGUAUAUAACUCUGUAUUGAAGAGUAUGGCAGAUAAUAACGAGGAAAAGGCGGGCAUGAUAUUGGUAGCAAUGGCCGCGAUGGUGUAUUCGUCGCAAGGAGAAGCAGAUACCAAAACGAUUCUAUAUCAAUGCAUCUUGCUUAAGAACUCUCCCAUACAGGCUCUCUAUUCUGCCUGUGCACUGGGUAUUCUGCAUCAUGAUAAUCAACUAACAACAACUAUUCUGGCGGAGUUGAAGAAGUACGAAAAUAGCGAAGCUUAUUGUGCGCAUAUUUCAUAUUUGACGGCACAAUACUNCUGA